GGUUCCAUUCUAUGGCUACCAGAGCGUGGUGGGCUGUAGACACAGAGUCGUCAUUUCGCACGCAGGGGCACGAAGUGACUGCUCGGUCUCGGGAAGCGUGCAAGUGCAGGGAAGGAAGAGAGCGUACAAACAAAUGCAAAGAAGAGAUUCUUAUAUAGCAAUGCGAUGUGAGGGUAGAAGGGUUUAUUUUUAAAAGAAGAAUUUAAAUUGCACGAGACGAGACAGGAAAGUCGAGACGAUUGAAGCAGCAGUGUCGAGGUAUAGAUGGCUUGAUAUAUGUGACAGUUGCGUACCUUGCUUGUAUGGUGGAAGAUAUGGGGGCAGACAACCACGGUUCGGAAGAGCUGCACUCUGAGUCUGGUACAGCCGAUGUCAGGUGCGAUGUCGACGGCUGGGGAACUGAACCAGCGGUAAGAUGCGAGACAGGUGGCGGCGGGUUCCUGAAGAGUAUAUAUCAACGGCGCGGGCAACGGUAGCGUAGUCGAUGCGGGCGCCAGGGGAGCGAGGAGGUAUUGACUUGGUCGGGAGGGAUAGGGUGCAGAGGCCUCUGGUUUUGAGAGAUGCGGGUAAGGCAGUGGUGAGAGUGGAUGCUCAAAUGGGAGCCGGGGGCGUCAUGCGGCGCUCGAGGACUUUAGCUGGGAGCCCACACCUGCAAAAUGGCGCUGGCGCUGACUGGACGAUCCGGAGACGAGGUGAGGCCCUGACGAGUGACGGAUGCGUGCGCUUGUGCGAUGGAACAGCGCGAUGGGCCGGGACUAAUAAUGUAUCUGCUCUCGACGGCACCCUAACAGUAUGGCUCCGUGCUGGCUGCACAGGCUUGUCCAGCUUGUUCCCAGUUUGGUGGACCAGAUCGUCGGAAUCUGUGCUCUACCUUGUUGCACAUCGUAGCAUGGCUUUUUGGCGCUCGCUGGGCCGUCUCUGUGCGGGAAAAAUGAAGUCGUCGCUCGCAAACGCUUCUUUUCCCGCACUGGUGAAUUGGGCCCCCUUGCAACAGCCACUCCCCCGCGGCCGUCUCGCGCAGCCUGGCUCGCGCCCCAGUACAUACAGUAGGCGGCGCUGCCGGGGGGCCCCUGGCGGUUUGGCCGCCGAUUCAUAUGGCGGUGCGCGCGACGAGGCGCUCCAGGGUACAUCAGUCACGGCGCUCGCUCACGAAUACCCCCACUCGGUCGGUGUCGUGCCCUUCCCCUCCCAUGCCAGUGUAAAACCAGACACGCCCCCAGCAGCGCUUCAGCCCGCCGCAAGGACGACAGCCGCCAGGGUCCGGGGUCGAGGCGCGAUGAGCUUCAUUUCGCGGCCGCUCGCCCUCGCGGCCUCGUCGGCCCUGGUCAUCAGCUCGAUUUAUUGACAACUGUGUUGCGGGCGUGCUCAGUGUUCCGCAAUCCUGGAUGGAGGCCAAUGUCGAGCGGGACCAUG